AUGGAAUCACUACCCACGCACAACAAAACAUGCGGCGAGCCCGAAAGCGUGAAGAACAAAGUGCUGGAAACCGGCGCUUCAGCCGUACAGAACUUCGCGCCCGUGCAGCGAAUCUGCGCACACCUCAACGCCUUCCACGCCUACGCGCACGACCCGACGCGCCCCGCAGUCGAGACGAACCACUACUGCGCGCACCUGAACGACGACGUGCGGCAAUGUAUUCUGUACGACUCGCCGACGCCGCCGGCGCGGAUAAUUGGGAUCGAGUACAUGAUAACGCCCAAACUGUACGACACGCUCGACGCCGAAGAACAGGCGCUGUGGCACUCGCACGUCUUCGAAGUUAAGUCCGGCAUGCUGAUCAUGCCCAAACCCGCGCUUGUCCCUGAGGCGGCGUGGGAGGUGGCCGAGAACAAGGAGAUGGAGGAGGUUGUGCAUUUGUACGGGAAGAUUUACCAUUUGUGGCAGACGGAUCGUGGGGAUAAGUUGCCGUUGGGGCCGCCGCAGUUGAUGACGAGUUAUACGGAGGCGGGGCAGAUGCCGGAUUUUGAGAAGAGGUUGGAUGAGAGGGAUGCGAGGUUUGGGAGCGAUUUUAGGCGGAAGAGGGAGGUUAGGGAGGGGAUUGAGGAGCCGAGGGUUCAUCCGAAUGCUGAUGCGACGUGGGCGAAGGGCGGGGCUGGGCAUGCGUGA